AUGGAGAUGGGUUAUCUUGCAGUGUUUCUGACACUGCUUCUUUCAAUCUCAUGUGUUGAUUCUACCUUGGUUGAGAAGAAAUUCACACAAUGCAUGUUAAUAACCAGAGUUGAUGGCAAUUCUGAAGCCAUUGAGAAAAUGCUCUUCAGAUCAUCCUCCUCACUAUAUACACAAAUCUUGGAAUCAUUGGAGCAAAAUCCUAGAUGGCUGAAUUCUUCAAGGAAGCCUCUCCUCAUUCUAACACCUUUCCAUGAAUCAGAAAUUCAAGCAGCCAUUCUAUGCAGCAAAGAACUUGGGCUGCAGAUUAGAAUCAGAAGUGGUGGCCAUGAUUAUGAAGGGUUAUCAUAUCUUUGUAAGGCCCCAUUUGUGAUGGUUGACCUAAUCAACAUACGUUCCAUCGAAAUUAACCUUGAUGACGAAACAACUUGGGUUCAAGCUGGGGCAUCAAUAGGUGAACUUUACUACAAAAUUUCUAAAGCAAGUAAAGUGCACGGAUUCCCGGCAGGAACCUGUCCAAGUGUAGGGAUAGGGGGACACAUAAGUGGAGGGGGGGUUGGUACCAUGUUCAGGAAACAUGGCCUAGCAGCAGACAAUGUUGUUGAUGCUUACCUCAUAGAUGCAAAUGGGAAGAUUCAUGAUAGAAAAUCAAUGGGAGAAGAUGUUUUCUGGGCUAUAAGAGGAGGUAGUGCUACUAGUUUUGGAGUCAUUCUUGCAUGGAAAAUCAGGUUGGUUAGAGUUCCACCUAUUCUUACAGGGUUCAACAUUCAUAGAACACUGGAGGAAGGAGCCAGCAAGCUCAUUCACAGGUGGCAACACAUAGCACAUGAAUUGCAUGAGGAUCUUUUCAUUAGAAUAGUUGCUCAAAAUAGUGGUGACAAAUCAAAAACAUUCCAAGCAACCUUUGAAUCUCUCUUCCUUGGAGGAAUAGACAGGUUGAUCCCACUGAUGAAUACGAGUUUCCCGGAAUUGGGAUUGCAGGCCAAAGACUGCACUGAAAUGAGCUGGAUUCAAUCAGUUUUGUUCUUUUCUGGAUACAACAAAGGGGACUCUCCAGAAGUCUUGCUCAACAGAACUACCACAUAUAAAAGCUCCUUCAAGGCCAAGUCUGACUUUGUAAAAGAGCCAAUACCAAAAACUGGUUUAGAAGGAAUUUGGAAAAUGCUUCAAGAAGAAGAAACGUUAGCCUUGCUGUUAAUGGAACCAUAUGGUGGUAGAAUGAAUGAAAUUUCAGAAUCUGAAACCCCUUUUCCCCACAGGAAGGGAAACUUGUACAACAUACAAUACUUGGUCAAGUGGGAAGUGAAUAGCAAUGAAGCAUCCAAGAAACAUCUACAUUGGGCUAAAAGGGUCUAUAGAUACAUGACUCCGUAUGUCUCAAAGUCUCCAAGAGCUGCCUAUUUCAACUAUAAGGAUCUUGAUUUAGGCAAAAACAAGCAUCACAACACAAGCUACUCAAAAGCUAGUGUUUGGGGCAAGAAAUACUUUAAGGGAAACUUUAGAAGAUUGGCACAAAUUAAGACAAAAUUUGACCCUCAAAAUUUUUUCAGCAAUGAACAGAGUAUUCCUCUCCUACACACCCAUCCUUCUUAGUUCUUAACAUAAAGGACAUGUAUUACAUUUUUUUGAGCACCUAGAAACAUUUGUGUAAUACUUCAAUAUUAUGUUAAUCUUCUGCGAGACCCAACCCUAAACAGUAUACUGCUUUUGUAUACAUUUCAAAGCUAGGGGAUGCAAAUUCAAAAUGGAUAUCAUGUAUUUUCAUAUAUCAUAAGA